UGUGCCCCCUUGCCACACAGCAUAUAAAAGCUGCGUUUUUGCAUUCCUCGGGGCAUUCAACUUUCAGCAAAGAUGAGUCUCACCGACAAGGACAAGGACACAGUCAAAGCCUUCUGGGCUUUGGCCAAAGCAAAGUCAGACAUUAUCGGAAGCGAAGCUCUGUCCAGGAUGGUCUUUGUGUACCCUCAAACCAAGACCUAUUUCUCCCACUGGAAGGACUUGAGCCUCACCUCCGCUCCGGUCAAGAAGCACGGCAGGGUGAUUAUGGCCGCUGUGGGCGACGCCGUCGGCAAAAUCGACAACUUGACUGCUGGUCUGCUGAACCUCAGCGAGCUGCACGCCUUCACUUUGAGAGUCGAUCCUGCCAAUUUCAAGGUUCUGAGUCACUGCAUCCUCGUGGUGAUGGCCAUGACAUUCCCCCAGGAAUUCACCCCAGAGGUCCAUGUUUCCAUGGAUAAAUUCUUGGCCGCUGUGACUCUCGCCGUCAGUGAGAAGUACAGAUAAACCAAAUCAACCACGGCAACAGCAUUCAAUUCAUUUAUCCGGCUCUCUGUUGGGCUGAAUUUCAAUAAAUGCUCAAAAGCAAAA